UAUAUCAGAAACAUCCUUCUACGCUCACCUAACUAAAAGCAGUAAAGUUCAAUCUAUUAAGCAAUGUGGAAUUCAGUGCAGUCACUUGGAUCAUAUUCAUGGAUCUUUUUGUAAUGCUUUCAGUUAUGACAAGAACUCUAAAGUGUGUGACCUGGCAAAUCUGACAUUUCUUGAGGAUCCAGCUGCUGGUGAAACAGAAAAAGCAAUCAUGAUUGAUUUUGAAUCUCCGCCUAGGAUUGACAAGAUAUGUCGUGGUGGAGAGCAUUGUUGUAAUAGAGGGAAAUGGAGACAACCUGGAGGAAGGUGGGAUGAGGAAGAUGAUUGUUGUGAAAAGCGAUGUACUACAGAACAUCCAUGCGAUGAGGGCGGGGGACACUGUGAUUCUGACUCUGAGUGUAAACACAGCGGGCAGGGUUGGCUUAAAUGUGGAGAUAACAAUUGUCUUAACACCACCUUCUUUCCAAGACAUAUCUUUCCAAGAAAUUCUGAAACAUUUGACUUCAAAUCAGAUGAUAAUUGUUGUUACAAGCCAUGCAACAAGCGUUACCAUCUGUGUGGACAAAAUGAGGUUGGAUGUCAAGAUAAUGAGGAUUGUAUUUCUGGACAUUAUUGUGUCAAAACAGCAGUACAACCAUAUUGUUCUGAAUUGAAUGAAUGCUCUCCAAACAAUGGCCAUUUUGAAGGUUUAUUACACUGUGGACGUAACACAGUUUGUGAAAAUUCAAUUGGGAGCUUUACUUGCACUUGCAAUGAAGGUUUUGAAGAUUUUGCUGAGCACAGUGGUUGCAUUGAUAUAGAUGAAUGUAGAGUUGGAACUGAUAACUGUGGUGCUAACUCUAACUGUUGGAAUUUUCCAGGAACCUUUGUUUGUACUUGCAAGGUUGGUUUCACUGGAGAUCCUGUAGCAGGGUGUACAGAUAUUGAUGAAUGUGUAAACAAUGAUUGGCAUAAUUGUAACAAUUUCCCUGGAUAUAAUGCUGAAACAUUUGGGAAAAAUGGAAUCAAGAUUUUCAACAUAAGCUCAUCAGACAUUGGAGAUCAGAACCACCAUACAUUUAGAUUUGAGGUUGCUAUUGAUAAUAAUGCUUGGUUUUAUGUUUCAAAUGCUGAUAUGACAAUUUCCUAUAGGGUUAAUUUACGUAUCCUAGGAACCGAUAUUGCAAGAUGUGAAAAUAAAAACUGUGUAAACUUAUUUACCUCGCAAAUAAGGCCAUCACUGUCCUCCAGUACAUUUAAUCUAUUCUUCAUGGAUAUCUUUUAUGAUGUUUCUUCAGGAGACACUGUUAUUACAGUUUCAGAUAAUAAGAACUCCAAUUUAUGUGUUGCCAACUAUAAAGAAAGCAUUCCAUUGGUAAUCAGCAAAAUAGGAGUUCAGAAUAAUGGACUUGGUGAAGUAGGAUAUUGGAGGAAUUUAAGAAAGAGUGUGCUCCAGCAGCUGUGCAUAAACACAGUGGGAAGCUUUGAUUGUAGGGAUAAUACUGACGAAAUGAUUGCUAUUGGGUUUGGUGGUCAUACUACUGAUGGAUCUGUUUAUGCAAACCAAGUUACUGUGUUCACAAAUCAGAGAUAUACAUGUGUUAAUCACAAAAUUGAUGAUAUUCAAGGAAGACACAGUCCGGGUAUGGCAGAAUUAGAUGGCUGGUUGUAUGUUUGUGGAGGACUUCAUACUGGUGCUUCUGAUCCAUUAGCUGACUGUAAAAAGUUUGACCUAAAUUCAAAUAAUGGAGCAUGGACUACUACGCUAAACUUGCCUAGAAAACGGAGACAUUUCCAAAUGUUAACUUAUCAAAACUCAAUCUUUAUUGUUGGUGGAUAUGAUCACUGGAAUGGUGGUUCAGGAUGUAUAAAUACAUUGCAUGAGUUUAAUCAUCAAUCAAAUAUAUGGACAUCUAAAGCAAACUUACCAUAUCCAAUUCAUCGUCAUUGUUCUGUUGCUGAUGUGGAAGAGGAUAGAAUAUGGAUGAUAGGAGGUCAUGAAUGUUAUGUAGGAGAUAAAAUGGGAGUAUACUAUUAUUCAGUCUCAAAGAACGAGUGGGUUUUUCAUAGCAACCUUAUUGGAAAUCAACAAGUCAUAGAUCCUAGUUGUGGAAUCAUCAUGAAGACUACUGGAGAGAAAUGGUUGCUUGUUGUUAAAGGUUGAAGAACAGAAGCAGUGAUUUAUUAUGAUCUUUCAACCAAUAGUGGAUGGAAAUGGGCAAGCAAUUUGUAUGGUAAUGGACGCCAAAACUUAGUGGUGAUGAUUACUUUAUCCCCAUUUGAUGCAUUUUUAAUGGGCUCUACAACUACAAGAUACGGCAACAGUCUAAAGAAUAUCUUUGAAUUUAACCAAGAGACAAACAAUUUUGAAGACAAAUACUAUUACCUUCAAAAUGAAAUGAAUGCAGGUUAUUGGACAACUGUUAAAAGAUCUCAAAAUUUCAAAGCUCUUCAAGACUGUGUGUCAAUAAGAGCUUAUGCUGCUGUGUGCUGGGGAGGUCACACAACCUCUGGUUCAGAUUACCCAGACACCUGGAGUGUUCUUCUCAGGGAUAGGUUAAGGAAAGGAGAUCCUCGUCUUCCUGCAACUUGUCACAACAAGAUUCCACCUUUCUCUCCUGGUAGAUUUGCAACUGGUGUUACAGCGGUGGAUUACCUGCUGUUAGUUUGCGGGGGUCAUAACUAUGGAGGUCCAUACCUUAGUAGCUGUUUUUCUCUCAACACUAAUGAGUAUUCUCCUGAAUGGAGCACAAUGGCAAGCAUGCCUAUCAAUAGGGGUUAUUAUGAGUUUACUACCUAUGGUGAUGCAGCAUUUGCAAUUGGAGGUCAUAAUGGUGGAGACCUUACUCAAGUAGACAGAUGGACAACAUCUAAUGGAUGGGAAACAAUGGCAUCUUAUCCUGUACCCAUACAUAGACAUUGUGCUGUGUCUGACCCAGGAUAUGACAGAAUAUAUUCAAUGGCAGGAAAUUCCCGCUCUAAUGCUUAUUAUUAUACAAUUUCUACUAACAGUUGGUCAUCCAUGCCUUCUCUAUACUGGUCAGGGAAUAACAUGGCCUGUGUUAUCAUCAGACGAAGAGCAACUGGGAAUAAAAUUAUUGUGUUGGUUGGAGAUGGCAUUUUGAGACAACAGUAUUUUGAUCUCACUGUUUAUGAGGCAAAUGGAAGUGGAACAUGGAUGACCAUGGCAGAUCCUCAAUACACCUCAUUUUUUUCUGCUAUUGUAUCACUGACACCAUAUGAAAGCUAUGAGAUGGGAGGAAAAACUAACAGACAUGGAUUCUCCACAAGAAACUUGUUCAUGUGGAAUCCAAUAAAUGAGCGCCAUGAAGAUAUUGGUCUAAACCUUGUCCAUCCUCAUUUUCAUGGAGAUUGCACACUUAUACCCGCAGAUGCACAUGUUCUGAAGGGUUGUAGUCUAGGAUAAAUGUUCUGAAGGGUUGUAGUCUAGGAUAAAUGUUCUGAAAGGUUGUAGUCUAGGAUAAAUGUUCUGAAGGGUUGUAGCCUAGGAUAAAUGUUCUGAAGGGUUGUAGUCUAGGAUAAAUGUUCUGAAGGGUUGUAGUCUAGGAUAAAUGUUCUGAAAGGUUGUAACCUAGGAUAAAUGUUCUGAAGGGUUGUAGUCUAGGAUAAAUGUUUUGAAGGGUUGUAGUCUAGGAUAAAUGUUCUGAAGGGUUGUAGUCUAGGAUAAAUGUUCUGAAGGGUUGUAGUCUAGGAUAAAUGUUCUGAAGGGUUGUAGUCUAGGAUAAAUGUUCUGAAGGGUUGUAGUCUAGGAUAAAGAUGUAAAACCUAGAAAAUAUUUUAGAGGUUUGUUUCAAUCUGAAAAGACGACACAGCAAAUUACAAGACGCAACUUUUAAAGAUUUAAAUCUUUUGAUGUAAAAAAAUUUAA